UCUAUUGAAUAGUAAUCUUGAUUGCUUGAUUACUACGAGAGAUAUUUGCAAAAUGGUAUAAAUAAUUCAAUCAAACAGAAAUGUAUUAUUUGGCCAGUUCAGCAUUUAGAAGAAAUACAAAAUGGGUGUUGUCUAUACUUAUAUUUCAGUGUUUAUAGCACAAAUCAGUUUCCUCAUCGCUGCGACUGCUCUAACAUGGACCUCUCCUAUGCUAGUGAAACUAAAUGGUACAGACGACAAUCCCUUAGGUUACAUCAUCUCGAAAACAGAGAACAGUUUCUUAGCGUCGAUAACAACACUGGGUGCAAUCAUUGGAUCAUUCGUUUUCGGAUUUUUGUCGUCCAAGUUCGGUAGAAAGACCCUUCUGCUAAUUCUUGGAAUGAUCUUCAUGAUAUGUUACUUGAUGAUGGCAUGGUGCAAAGUUAUAUGGCUUUUAUUUGUCGGUAGAAUGAUUAGUGGUAUAAGCUUGGGUGGAGUCUUCACCAUCCUACCAAUGUAUUGUGGCGAACUAGCAGACGCUAGUAAUAGAGGUAUACUGAGUGCUUCCAUGACAGUUUUUAUUAAUCUUGGCAUGUUAACUUCAUACGCCUUGGGACCGUAUAUGUCAUACUUCUGGUUCCACAUUGUUUUAGGAGUUAUACCAGCUAUCUUCAUUAUAGCAUUCUUCGUAGUGGCUCCAGAAAGUCCAUAUUACCUCAUUAAGACUGACGAAUCAGCAGCAGAGGCUGUACUGAUGAAAAUAAGAGAUAAAGCAAGUGUUCCUGAUUUAUUAACUGAAAUGAAGGAGAAUUCAAAGCAAGUUAACGAUGCCUCCAUAAAAGAUAUACUCAAGAGUCGAGCUCUAAGAAAAGCAAUGAUUAUGGGAGUCAGUGGUUUCACUUUCAUGAGUUUGACAGGAACUGUCAUAGUAGCCACCUAUAGCGAAACCAUUUUCGAGGAUUCCGGAAGUGAUAUAUCACCAGAAGUAUGUCCAAUAAUAACCGGUGUUGCCCAGUUAUUGAUGACAGUCUUUGUAUCUGCAAUAACUGAUAGAUAUCCCAGAAAGUUCCUACUAACAUUAUCUCACGUAUUGGUCGCUUUAGUGCAGAUACCAUUUGGUACGUACUUCUUCCUGAAACGAAAUGGCAAUGAUGUUGGAAGUAUAAGUUGGUUGCCAUUAGUAUGUCUGAUCACAUACGUAUGCGUGUAUAACAUUGGUGUUGGGCCCGUUUUGAUGACGUUACUUGGAGAAUUGUUUCCUCCAAAAGUCAAAGGUCUGGCAAUUUCUACUCUAGUAAGCUACAAUUGGACUCUGGCCUUCUUAAUGACUACCGUUUUCAACACACUAAACGAUUGGAUUGGUAUCGGUGUUCUUUUCUGGAUAUUCUCAGCGUGUGGUUUUCUAGCAACAAUAUUCAUUAAGACAUUUAUGGUUGAAACAAAAGGAAAAACUCUAGAAGAAAUACAGAACGAGCUUAAUUCUUGAUUGAAUGAAACGUUUCGAAAUGUUAGCACUUGGAUGUUCAAAAUGAUUCAUCUAAGAUUAUAAAAGUAGAAUGUAUUGAGAAGGUGAUAUUAUUUUUUUUAAUACUUAGUUGCUUAUUGGUUAGUUUGUGCAAAAUGGAUGAAGAUGAUGAAAUUGAAAAUCACAUCCCAUCUUUUGAACAAAUAAUUGAAUGUUAUUACUGUUUGGAGUGAAUUGAAGUGCAAAAUAGAACAUAAAAACUUCGAAUACAUUGAUUAUAUAUAUUUUCUAGAUAAAAA